CGCCGAGUGGACUGACUUGCCUUGAAGAAAACUUUGGCUGAGCCGCCGUGGUUUCCGUUCGCAGUGUUUGAGGAGCUCCGUGUGAUUAAAGAUGGCGAGUUCCCUUCGGAACACGGAGUCCAGCGAUCCAGCCGCGCACUGAGAUUCGCAAAACCCACGACAUCGAGUUGAGACCCGGUUCUGUUUCUGUGGGUUACUUACACGGUUCUCUUUUACUUGUUUUCGCUUUCAGCUGGAAUUAAAGCGGAAUUUGGGCUCGCAGCAUCCGAACUGACACCGAAUCCCGCGGAUAUGAUCCCGAACCGAACUGUAGUGUGAUUGUAUUGCAUGGAGCCCGGUUGAAGGAGUCUGUCCGUCCCGGUGUCGCAGUGAUUUUGGGUCGGAACCGGAUCGCUAUGUAUUUUCUAAGCGGCUGGCCAAAGAGGGUUCUCUGCCCCCUCCGGAGCGGCGAGCGGCCCUUCCUGAUCGAGCCCAGCACGCAACGCUUCUACCUGGCCCUGCUUUCUGAGACCCAGAUCAGCAUCUGGUUCAGCAGGCCCAGCGUGCUGAUCGUCAGUUACAUUGAGUCGGGGAAAGCCGCUACACAGUUUGGCUUUUAUCAACAAGCCGAAUGGAAGCCAGAUGACUCUAUGAUCGCUGUGGCGGCAGCGAAUGGUUACGUUCUGUUAUUCGACAUCAUUGGAGGGUCAGAUGAUAAAUACCUGUACGAGCCCAUCUAUCCAAAGGGUAGUGUUCGUGUGAAGGUGACUCAGGGUUAUAAAGAGGAACAGUGCGCUCCAGCUCUCACACUAGAGAUGAAGAAACCUGUUGACCUGGAGGCUCCAAUCAGCUGUCUGCAGACGCUGCAGGAGGAUCUGUUAGUGGCGACUGCAGACGGUUAUCUGCACAUGCUGCACUGGGACGGUGUCAGUAACGGUCAAAGAGCCGUUAAUCUGUGUACGAUCCCCUUCUCUCUGGACCUGCAGUCAUCACGAGGAGGGCCGUGUUUAGAUCUGGAGGGUGUUCACAUUCAGGAUAUUGAAUAUUGUGCGACUCUGGAUGGAUUCGCUGUCGUAUUUGAUGACGGGCGACUUGGAUUUAUCACGCCAACCGCUAACAGACUCUCCACAGACCAGUUGCAGGGCGUGUGGGCUGCCGAUGUUUCCGAUGGCACGUGUGUCGCUGUCAACAACAAAUACAGACUGAUGGCCUUCGGCUGUGCAAGUGGUUCUGUGUUGGUGUACAUGAUUGACAGCUCUACAGGAUCCAUGCAGCUGUCUCAUAAACUGGAGUUAACCCCUAAACACUACCCAGAUAUCUGGAAUAAAACGGGACCGGUGAAGAUGAUCCGCUGGUCUCCAGACUGCAGUGUUGCCAUGGUGACGUGGGACUGUGGCGGUCUGUCUCUGUGGAGUGUGUUUGGAGCGCAUCUCAUCUGCACACUAGGAGAGGACUUUGCUUAUCGGUCAGACGGCACUAAGAAAGACCCUCUGAAGAUCAUCUCUAUGAACUGGGGUGUGGAGGGUUAUCACCUGUGGGUGAUUGACAGUACAGAUACAGCUGCUGUUGUUCCGGAUGGAGAGGAAGAUGAUUCAAAACUCCAGCAAUCGGGAAUUCUGCAGUUUCACUUCAUCAAGAGCGCGCUGACUGUCAACCCCUGCACAAGUAAUCAAGAGCAGGUGUUGCUGCAUGGAGAGGACCGGCUGUAUUUGACCUGUGGUGACCCCACUCAGGCUCACAGUGUGUUUGAUAAGAGCUCAUCGCGGGACAGCAGCAGUCCUCUGCACCGGCCGCCAACGCCCGCUCUGCUCUCUCAGGGUCUCAGCACUUUACUCGGCCAUAAACACUGGCAGGUGGUCCAGAUUCACAGCACAUAUCUAGAGACGAACUGGCCUAUCAAGUUUGCGGCUAUAGACUGGUCUGGUCAGUGUGUAGCUGUAGCCGGUCGACGUGGAUUUGCACAUUAUUCAUUAUAUUCCAGGAAAUGGAAACUGUUUGGAAACGUCACCCAGGAGCAGAAUAUGACUGUAACGGGAGGUCUCGCUUGGUGGAACGACUUCAUCGUUGUUGCCUGUUACAAUUUCAUCGACCGACAGGAAGAGAUGAGGUUCUAUUUGCGGUCGUCUAACCUGGAUAACGCGUUUGCGAGCGUCACGAAACUUCAUGCUGAUACACUGCUGUUGAAUGUGUUUCGUAACGUGGUGAUUCUGUUCAGAGCGGACUGCUCCAUCUGUCUGUACAGCAUCGAGAGGAAACAGGACGGUCCGAACCCGUCUGCCAGUGUGGAGUUGUUACAGGAAGUGUCGAUGUCUCGCUAUAUUCCUCACCCUGGUCUGGUCGUAUCUGUGACCCUCACGUCAGUACGAACAGAGACCGGGAUCACGCUCAAAGCCCCACAGCAGGCCUGUUCGGCGGAGAGUAUCUUGUUAAAUUUGGCUGGUCAGCUGAUAAUGCUGCAGCGAGAUCGUUCCGGUCCACAGGUACGAGAGAAAGACACACCAGCCAAUCAGACCAAACUGCUGCCGUUCUGUCCGCCGGUGGUUUUGGCUCAGUGUGUGGAAAACGUUUGGACGACAUGUCGCAGUAACCGAAAGAAGCGUCACCUGAUGGAGGCGCUGUGGCUGUCGUGCGGAGAGGCGGGAAUGAAGGUGUGGCUUCCUCUGUUCCCACGAGACCACCGCAAAACUCAUUCCUUCCUGUCUCGACGAAUCAUGCUCCCAUUUCACAUCAACAUCUACCCGCUCACCGUUUUGUUCGAAGACGCGCUCAUCCUGGGCGCCUCUAACGAAACGAUGCUCUUUGACGGGCUCGGCACUCACAGUUCCUCCUCGAACUCCCUGGAGUCACUGGAAUCUCAAUUCCCAUUCUGCACGGUGGAGCGGACGUCGCAGAUCUACCUCCACCACAUUCUCCGACAGCUGCUGGUGCGAAACCUGGGUGAGCAGGCGCUGAUGUUAGCACAGUCCUGCGCGUCUCUGCCGUAUUUCCCUCACGUUCUAGAGCUCAUGGUGCAUGUGGUUUUGGAGGAAGAAGCCACGUCGAGAGAGCCCAUCCCCGAUCCGCUGCUGCCCACCGUAGCCAAGUUUGUGACGGAGUUCCCCCUCUUCCUGCAAACCAUCGUCCACUGCGCUCGAAAGACGGAGUACGCACUCUGGAAUUAUCUGUUUGCCGCGGUGGGAAACCCCAAAGAUCUGUUUGAAGAGUGUUUGAUGGCACAGGAUCUGGACACGGCAGCUUCGUACCUGAUUAUUCUCCAGAAUAUGGAAGUUCCUGCAGUCAGUCGUCAACAUGCGACUUUGCUCUUCAACACGGCCCUCGAACAGGGCAAAUGGGACCUCUGCCGUCACAUGAUCCGAUUCCUCAAGGCCAUUGGUUCAGGGGAGGCAGAGACUCCACCCAGCACACCCACUACACAGGAGCCGAGCUCUACCGGUGGGUUUGAGUUCUUUCGUAACCGCAGCAUCAGUCUCUCUCAGUCUGCAGACAGCAUCGCAGCAGGCAAAUUUAACCUGCAAAAAACACUGAGCAUGCCCUCUGGGCCCUCUUCUAAGGGUAGUGAUCGAUGGUGUAAAGAGAGCGACUCUGCGGAGAAUCUCUACAUUGAUAUGAUGUUGUGGAGACACGCGAGACAUCUACUAGAGCAGGUGAGACUGCGAGAUCUCGGCUGUUUCUCCGCUCAGCUGGGCUUCGAGCUGAUUGGCUGGUUGUGUCGGGAGCGGACGCGGGUGGCACGGGUGGACAAUUUCGUUACGGCCCUCAAAUGCCUGCACAAGGACUUCCUGUGGCCAUUUCCUGUUAUCCCAGCAUGCGCCAUUAGCUCGCCGCUGAAGAAUGGACGUUGCCGUCAAGUGUUGAGUUCUCGUUUGCUGAAGUCGCAGUCAGCUGACAGUUUGCUGAACAGUGACAUGGACACCACUCCCCCUCAGGCGACCACAGCCAAUCACAGCUGGAUUGAUGGAUUGGGGGCGGUGCCAAGGGAGCUGGAUUUCGACUCCUCUCAUGGAGGACCACGAACACAAGAGGCUUUUCUGUCUCCUCUUAUUAACAAAGGUGAGAAAGUAGAAUCUGUCUGUUUAUCUGUCUCUCUCUCCAUCUCAUGUGCGUUCUUGUUUCUGUCUGUCCUUUCAGGAGAGGAGUGCAGUAUUGGUUCGGCCACUGACCUGACUGAAACCAGCUCCAUGGUGGAUGGUGAUUGGACGAUGGUAGAUGAGAAUUUCUCCACCCUCAGUCUCAGCCAAUCUGAGCUUGAGCACAUCUCCAUGGAGCUGGCCAAUAAAGGACCGCACAAGUCUCAGGUGCAACUGCGCUAUCUCCUGCAUGUGUUCAUGGAGGCGGGUUGUUUGGAGUGGUGUGUGGUCAUCGGUCUGAUCUUGCGAGAUGCCAGCGUCAUUAAACAGGUGGUGGGGUUCUUGGACAGUCCAGAAGUUCCAUCUGAAACUGUGCAGAGCAUCAGAGCGGGUCUGAUCGCUGUCGACCUCUGGGCAUCAGCUGAUUGUCUGGGCUACAAGCCGUUCUUGAAUCUGAUUCGUCCUCAGCUGCUGAAGUUGAUGGAGGUUCCCGUCGAGCAGGUCCAGCCUGAAGCGUUCCAGCCGACAGGCGCGUCAAAACUGUCCGAACCGCCGCUGCUGCCCAGAGCCGAAGACCCACGCGGGGCCGUUGUGUCAGGUCACCCGCUGCCACUAGAGGGCUCACCCGGAGCGAACGCUCGACCGCUGGAGGACAUGCCUGAGGAGGAGGAGGAGGAGGAGGAGACGCUAGAGGAGGGGUCAUACGACUGCACGCUGUCAUGACCUCAGCAUUAUGGGAAAAGAGGCGGCACUUAUCUCCUGUGGUUGUAAACGUUGAUCUGAGACCAGCUGAAUGCUAGAUGCUUUUAAAGAGAGAUGAUGGAAAACUGCGCUCGGAUCAGAUGUAACCAGUUUGACAAACGAGUGUGUGUGAUGUGUAUCCCAGACUGCAUUUGUGCUGUUCUAUGUUACAUUUGUGUGACUGUUUUGGAUAAGCACGUGUGUGUGUGCUGUCUUUUUUAUUUGCGCUCCAUCCCGACUGCAGUGUUGCGUGUGUUUUCAACAUCCUGUGAUCUAAUUCAUCAUGUUUUUUUUGUCUCUUUUCUCCUCCACAUGAGAAUUAGAUGUGGCCCGAGAGCAAUUUGAGCGUUCACCCUUUAUUAUGGCGUCAAAGCAAAAAGACACUUGCAUUAAAUAAUGUUUUAGAAAAACACGCUCAUGCAUUUUACUCUCUGUAUGUUUGUGCAGGUUUUGCUUUGUAUGAUGGAGUUGACGGAGGUAAAACAGGACUGCAGAUAUCCAGUAGAAAUCAGAUGAAGUAUUGAUCAUCGAAUUUCGCUGCAAGUUUUAAUGUUAAUUGUGAAAUAUUUUUGUCAUUAUGGCCACCAGAUGAGCCUUUUAUUUGACACAAGACACAGCGAUUACAAAUACAAAACCAACAAGAUAUCAGUCACACCUUGUUACACAAACGUGUGAUGUUUGUCGAGUUUAAAGUUGUGAUGUGUGCAACUCUCUCUGAAUCAUGAAUAUUCUCUUUCAGCUGCGUGCCUCGUUAUGUUUUGUGUUUGAAACUGACAAAAUUUGUAUUGCUUUUUUUUUAAAUCGUUUUUGAAGCGUUUUAGUCUGAUUUGGGGGUUUGAAUCGUCAGUCAGAGUCUUAAAACUAGAUUCAGUACAAGUUAAGCUCAGUCGACAGCAUUUGUGUCAAUGUUGAUUACUACAAAAAUGUAUUUCCUAUCGUCCCUCCUUUUCUUUAUAAAAGCACAAAUGUGUGUUCCAGUGAGACACUUACAAUGGAAGUCAAUGGGGUCAAUCUGUAAACAUUCAAAUACUCACUGUUUCAAAAGUAUAGACACAAGACAUAAACAAUAUGUGUGUUAACAUGAUUUUACUGUCAUAAAAUCACUUACUAAACACAUCUGUGGAAAGUUAUAUCCAAUAUUACAAUGCUGUAAACCCUAAAACCUGAAACUAUGAUUUACAGAUUAACAGAAGAAUUAAUGUAAGUGCUUUUAUAAAAUUAUAAACUUCACAUUUCUGCCUUUAAACCCUCCAAAAAUUGGCCCCAUUGACUUCCAUUGUAAGUGUCUCACUGUAACCUUAAUUUUUUCUUUUUUUUUUUUUAAGAAAGGAGGGAUGAUAGGAAAUACAUUUUUGUAGUAAUCGACAUUAUGCCACAAAUGCUGUCGAUUGUGCUUAACUUGUAUUGAACCCGGAAUAUUCCUUUAAGUACUUAGCUAUGGACUUGUUUUGACGGCAGAUUUACAGCCGUUUAACGUACACGAGGGAUAGACGUACUAUUGGUUUUUGAAAAUACGUCUUUCCAAAAAAUCUUCAGCGAAAAUGGAAAACGUUAAAAUUCGUUUUUAUUUGCAUAAAAUUAAAUAUGGCAUCUAUAAGAUCAGUGAUAUGCCUGUAAACGUGAAAGACGUGAUUGCACACUACAAACUCAUGGCCGGGUCUAAUGUGGAGCUAAGUGGGCAUUGCUCACCAAGAUUUUCCUUGACAUACAAGUACCCUACUAUAAAGAUCACAUCCUAGUACCGGCUCUGACCCAAUGGUUUUUGCAUUAUUAUUUACAGUUGAAGUCAGAAGUUUACAUACACUAAUUUUUUAACCACUCCACAGAUUUAAUAUUAGCAAACUAUAGUUUUGGCAAGUCGUUUAGGACAUCUACUUUGUGCAUGACACGAGUAAUUUUUCCAACAAUUGUUUACAGACCGAUUGUUUCACUUUUAAUUGACUAUAUCACAAUUCCAGUGGGUCAGAAGUUUACAUACACUAAGUUAACUGUGACUUUAAGCAACUUGGAAAAUUCCAGAAAAUGAUGUCAAGCCUUUAGACAAUUAGCUGAUUAGCUUCUGAUAGGAGGUGUACUGAAUUGGAGGUGUACCUGUGGAUGUAUUUUAAGGCCUACCUUCAAACUCAGUGCCUCUUUGCUUGACAUCAUGGGAAAAUCAAAAGAAAUCAGCCAAGAUGUCAGAAAAAAAGAUUGUGGACCUCCACAAGUCUGGUUCAUCCUUGAGAGCAAUUUCCAAAUGCCUGAAGGUACCACGUUCAUCUGUACAAACAAUAGUGCGCAAGUAUAAACACCAUGGGACCACACAGCCAUCAUACCGCUCAGGAAGGAGAUGCAUUCUGUCUCCUAGAGAUGAACGUAGUUUGGUGUGAAAAGUGCAAAUCAAUCCCAGAACAACAGCAAAGGACCUUGUGAAGAUGCUGGAGGAAACCGGUAGACAGGUAUCUAUAUCCACAGUAAAACUAGUCUUAUAUCGACAUAACCUGAAAGGCUGCUCAGCAAGGAAGAAGCCACUGCUCCAAAACUGCCAUAAAAAAGCCAGACUACAGUUUGCAAGUGCACAUGGGGACAAAGAUCUACUUUUUGGAGAAAUGUACUCUGGUCUAAUGAAAAAAAAUGGAACUGUUUGGCCAUAAUGGCCAUCGUUAUGUUUGGAGGAAAAAGGAUGAGGCUUGCAAGCCGAAGAACACCAUCCCAACCGGGAAGCAUGGGGGUGGCAGCAUCAUGUUGUGGGGGUGCUUUGCUGCAGGUGGGACUGGUGCACUUCACAAAAUAGAUGGCAUCAUGAGGAAGGAAAAUCAUGUGGAUAUAUUGGAGCAACAUCUCAAGACAUCAGCCAGGAAGUUAAAGCUCGGUCGCAAAUGGGUCUUCCAAAUGGACAAUGACCCCAAGCAUACCUCCAAAGUUGUGGCAAAAUGGCUUAAGGACAACAAAGUCAAGGUAUUGGAGUGGCCAUCACAAAGCCCUGACCUCAAUCCGAAAGAAAAUUUGUGGGCAGAACUGAAAAAGCAUGUGUGAGCAAGCAGGCCUACAAACCUGACUCAGUUACACCAUUUCUGUCUGGAGGAAUGGGACAAAAUUCCAGCAACUUAUUGUGAGAAGCUUGUGGAAGGAUACCCAAAACAUUUGACCCAAGUUAAACAAUUUAAAGGCAAUGCUACCAAAUACUAACAAAGUGUAUGUAAACUUCUGACCCACUGGGAAUGUGAUGAAAGAAAUAAAAGCUGAAAUAAAUAAUUCUCUCUACUAUUAUUCUGACAUUUCACAUUCUUAAAAUAUAGUAGUGAUCCUAACUGACCUAAGACAGGGAAUGUUUUCUACGAUUAAAUGUCAGGAAUUGUGAAAAACUGAGUUUAAAUGUAUUUGGCUAAGGUGUUUGUAAACUUCUGACUUCAACUGUAUAUGUUAACAUCAUUUUUUUCAUCCAACAUAAUGUUUACUUAUAGGUGUCAAUUUUGCUGUACGUAAUUGUAAAUAUGUGUUUUUCGUCUUGUCUGACAGCAUUAUUGUGAUUUAUCUUUUUUCAGAUUGCGUUGUUGCAAUUUGUUUUAUUUACGCGAGGAGCGAUUGGACAAAGAAAUUAACUUGCAUGUCGUUACUAUCUAUAGUUUUUCUUUAGAAUGUAACGUUUAAAGAACUGCAGGGACGAUGAUUUCUUCUCUCUUAUUUGUAUUAUCUCACAACGGCACCGCUGCUCAGAAUCAGUAUUAUUAAAAUAAUUACCCAGUAUUUCCUCUGAGAUGAGCAGAUCUUCAGUUAAAGGUGCUGUAAGCGAUUUAAAAAAAAAAACCCGUCAUGGAUAGGUAUGCAAAAAUUUUUCCUACUACCUGAGAGAUAUUACUGAAAUAAGUGUCGCGAGAUAUCUCAACGGUCUCUGUGACAUCACUAGACUGUGUAAACAGAAAACAAAAAUGUGUCUGCGGACAAUGAUGCUUUUGACCUGUCAAUCAUUUUGCGUGUUUUCAUAGUAUUGUAGUUGCAGCGAAUUAUUGAGGCUUAAUGCCAUUUUUAUGCCAUGUUGUUCAUAACAGUUGUCAGCUGAGGGCGCUAUUUUGCAGCUGUUGUUUUUAACAGCCGUUUCUGCAUGAUGUUGGUCUCAAAGCUCAUUUGGUAUCUUUGGUGGGUGGGGUUUUGGAAACAGGGGGCGUGGCUAAUCCAACGGCUCAGUCUCGUGGAAGUAGAACAGCUGAAAUCGCAUACAGCACCUUUAACACCAGGCUCAUUAGCGCUGCCUUUUAUUGGAACUUUAAGUGCAGAGUGGACCAAAUGAUGUAACGGGCAGGGGCGCAAUAAUGCACAGGCUUAAGCCCAAUCGCGGCGUCCGCCAUCCUAUUAUCCCCCAUCGACUUUCACAGGAACAUGUAAAUUCAGCGGGAAACGCUUAUAUAAAUGGUACGCAACAGCAAAAGCCGUCCGUCUAACCCCACGGUACUUUAAUGCGCCCCUGAACAUAGUAAACAUAUGGAAUGCCUUUGUAUUAUUAUUAUUAUUAUUAUUGAUAUUACUAUGCAUUAUUUACUGUCUUUUGGAGUAUUAGCGAGAUGCAUCUCUUUAUUUUAAUGUUUUAUUUCCCCCAAACAGCUCUUUCUCCUGUCGCAUUUAGAUCUAAAUCUGUUCCUAAUCUGAGUUUAUGUUGUUAUGAGGAACAUGUUGGUGCAGUGAAGUUGUGAUGGUGUUAUUCACAAACCAAAGAGCUGCAUGACAUUGUGUUUGUAAAGAGAUUAAGAAUUCACUGACAGGUUUCAUAAUCCAACAUGUACAAAAUCCCCCAAAAUUCCUCUUUUCCCUUUAAUGACGUCACAGUGAAAUACAUUGUUGCUCUCUGACAUUGAAUGGAAGAGUUUGUUUCAUUUUCUACUAAAGUGUAGAUGUGAUUUUGAAGUCGGGACAUGUGUGAGUUGGUACUCUUAGUGAAGAGACUUUGAGAUGUUGAAUAUUUCUUCAUCUGUACAAACUCUCCAGCGAUCUGAAAACAUUUUGUGGCUCUAGUGUUUCCUCUCAAUGCAGUGCACAGAUAUUUCCCUGUACAAUAACUUUUCUACUCAAUUUUCUAUAUUUUCCUGUACAUACAGAACAAUAAAUUAUUUUUUAAACAUCA